AUAAAUACGUUCCCCUGCCCACAAAGCAAAUCACCCCAUUCAUUGGCUGAUUUUUCUUGGUUGGCAUAUGUCUCAAAGGCCUAACGUUCCCCACUCUUCUUCAAUAGCUUUUGGUCUCCAUUCUCAUCUCCUGGUUUCCAGUGAGAUGAACCCUAAUUCCAACUGGUCUUAAUAGUUUCAUCUCUUUCUUUUUCUUCUAUUGAUUUUUUGUUUUAAUUUCUUUUAUUGCCUUUCUGAAAAAAAGUAAUUGCCUUGUUGAUUUGCAAGCAAAUUUUGGUAAAGUUCUUAAAUAUUUGAGUUUAGAUCUUCUUUGAGAGUGCCGCUAUGGGAGUGAAGGGCUUUGUUGAAGGAGGCAUAGCCUCAAUCGUGGCCGGGUGUUCGACCCACCCGCUUGAUUUGAUCAAAGUCCGAAUGCAGCUCCAGGGUGAAAGCCAUGUUCCCAAUCCGGCUGUUCAAACACUCCGCCCUGCUUUAGCCUUUCAGACAACCACUACUACCACCUCCUCUGCUAUCCACAUGCCUCCUCCGCCGGUGCGUGUUGGACCUGUGGCCACCGGGAUCAAGAUCUUCCGGACCGAAGGCGUCGCUGCUCUUUUUUCUGGCGUCUCUGCUACCGUCCUCCGCCAGACCCUCUAUUCCACCACCCGCAUGGGACUCUACGACAUCCUAAAACAGAAGUGGACUGAUAAAGAGACCAAAACAAUGCCUCUCUCGCGGAAAAUCACCGCCGGGCUAAUCGCCGGGGGGAUCGGCGCUGCCGUUGGGAACCCAGCCGACGUGGCGAUGGUGCGAAUGCAAGCUGACGGACGCCUCCCCGUAUCUCAACGUCGUAACUAUACCAGCGUUGUCGACGCCAUCACUCGCAUGACCAAACAAGAAGGCGUCACCUCCUUGUGGCGCGGCUCAUCGCUGACGGUGAAUCGUGCGAUGUUGGUGACGGCAUCGCAGCUUGCCUCCUACGAUCAGAUCAAAGAGAUGAUUUUGGAAAACGGGCUGAUGAAAGAUGGGCUGGGGACACACGUGGCAGCGAGCUUUUCAGCCGGGUUUGUUGCGGCAGUGGCGUCGAAUCCCGUUGAUGUGAUAAAAACAAGGGUGAUGAACAUGAAGGUGGAGGCAGGGCAAAAGCCGCCGUACGCCGGCGCUUUGGAUUGUGCUAUCAAGACGGUGAAGGCGGAAGGGCCGAUGGCUUUGUAUAAAGGGUUUAUACCCACAAUCUCGAGACAGGGACCAUUUACGGUGGUGCUGUUUGUGACGCUGGAACAGGUCCGGAAGUUGCUUAAGGACUUUUAAGGCAUUGAUAACAAAGACGAUGACGAAAAUGAAUGUUUAAGUUACUUAAUUGUUUUCCAGUUUUAUGUUGUUCUACAUGUUAAACGCGAUGUGUGAUUCUUGUUCUAAUAAUGAUAUCAAUAGAUGAGAUAUUUGCUCUAAAA